AUGUCCACAUCUAAACACAACCAUCCUGAGAAGGACGAAGUCCCCGGGCCUAUCACCGCCGACUCGCUUGCCGCAGAGUCCGUACGAGCAGGCGGAAAAUUCGCAGAUAAUAAAGACAGCCAGCCACUAGGAGUUAAGGGCGGUAACUCAACGUUCGCCAAUACAGAUACUUCGGCCGCGUCUAAACUGCAAGCGGCUCCAGAUGCUGAAGCUCGUUUAGCGGAAGCAGAAUGGGGUAAUGGGAGGCCACAGACACGCUCUCAGACAAAGCCACAGGGUCAUGGACAGGCAAAAACGCAUGAAGAUGCACAUCAACAUAAUCAGAGCAAGUCUGUAGCGGGUUCGGGCUCAGGCUCAGGCUCAGGCUCAGGACAAGGGAAUAGUUCAGGCUCCUCUGUGCCUACUGCACCGCAUUACAUUGAUCCUGUGCUUGGUAACAUGCAAGGCUCGAAGCCGAAGGGCAAGAACUUGACAGAGGGCGGAUUCAAUGACGAUCCUUCAAAGAACGUGAGCUUCAACACGGAUAUUGGGUCCAAGGAGGAUCCGGGACUCCAGGCGGAAAGGGAAAUUGAAAAUAUGAAUGCACAGAAUGUUUCCGGGCAAGGGCUCAUGUCAGGAGGCGAGAAGAAGACCAGCUCAUCGUACGACGUGCUAGGAUCGGAGCAAGAUGCUUAA